AUGAAAAAAGAUUUGGAACGUUUUCUUUACCAUUUAAGAAUUGAAGCACAAGUAAAUGUUAUGGAAAUUGAUUCAACUGAAAUUGAACCUUAUGUUUAUCAAAGAACUAUGAAAAUGGAGGAAAGGGUUAAAAUGUUGAAAGAAAUGAGAAAAAAUGAAAAAAUUACUGAUAUUCAGGCAACAAUGGACGAAGCUGUUUUAGAACGUAAAUAUUCUCGUGUAGAUGGAAUGGGUGUAAAUAAUAAUAUUAGACGUCGUUCUAGUAAUUUGGAACAACAACAACAACCAGAACAACAAUCAGAAAAUAAUAAUGAAAGACAAACAACAAAAAAUAUGGGGGCAACAAAUAAAGUUAGAUUUAGUGAACAUUCUGUUGAGUUCAAAAAGCCUUCAACAACAACAAUAGAUCCUUCUACUACUACCCCAUCUCCAGAAAGAACUAUUCCAAAUAUUUCUGAUGAACAACAACAAAUCCCUUAUACCGUAGCAAGAAUGCAUACAGCUUUAAAAUUAAAUCAAUAUAUGAGGGAAAGAAGUAGUAAUGCACAAUUACUUGUAGUUAAUUUACCUGGUCCUCCGGAAGUUGGUCAAAAUGAUACUUAUUAUAUGGAAUUUAUCGAAGCCCUCACAGAAGGAUUACCCAGAGUUUUAUUAGUUCGUGGCUCAGGUUCAGAAGUUGUUACAAUUUAUUCUUAAAAAACAAAUUAUUUUUGAACAAACAAAAAAAUGCCAAGUCAUUCAUUCACCACAACUUAAUCAAGAAAAACCGGUGUUUUUUCCUCUUUUUCUAAAAAUUCCCUUGAGUAAUCUCUGCUAUUAUUUUCUUUUAGUUGAGGGAUGCCACUUGGAUUUUUUAAAAUCAGAAUUUAGACAUAAUUUCAGGCCAAAAAACAUAAGAGGCAUCCCUAGCUCUGAGCUUUUAUUUUUCGCAU